AUGUGAUAAACAUCCUUCUCUCUCACACUCCGCCCACUGCACAGCUCCAUGCAGCAGCAACAAGUCGUUCCCUUCUCUCAAUCGCAAAAGAGCUGAAGUAUGACUCGUCAUGUGGCAGUGAUUGGAGGAGGUAGUUCAGGUCUGGCCUGUAUCAAGUGCUGCCUGGAUGAGGGGCUGGAGCCUGUCUGCUUCGAAGGCAGCGAUGACAUCGGUGGUCUGUGGAGGUUUAAGGAGAAUCCAGAGCCAGACAGGGCCAGCAUCUACCACUCUGUCAUCAUCAACUCCUCCAAGGAGAUGAUGUGUUCCAGUGACUUUCCCAUCCCUGCACACUUCCCCAACUACAUGCACAACUCCCUCGUCAUGGACUACUUUCACAUGUACGCUGACCGCUUCCAGCUCACUAAGCACAUACGCUUCAAUACCAAAGUCUUGCAGGUGACGCAGAGAUCAGAUUUCUCUCAUUCAGGCCAGUGGAACGUUGAGACGGAGAACAAGGAUGGUGAAAAGGAGAAACAGAUUUUUGAUGCUGUGAUGAUCUGUAUUGGACGUCACUGCCGUCCCAACUAUCCACUGCAUGACUUCCCAGACAUUGACACUUUCAAGGGAAAGUACUUCCACAGCCGAGACUACAAGACUCCUGAGGAGUGGAGGGAUAAAAAGGUUGUAGUGCUUGGAAUAGGAAACUCUGGAGCAGACAUAGCAGUGGAACUGAGCAGAGUCACCAAGCAGCUGUAUCUAAGCACUCGGAGGGGAGCCUGGAUCGCAAAUCGAGUUUCAGACAAUGGUCUUCCCCGUGAUAUGCUGAACAACAGGAUGACAGAUUUUGUGCGCCGGAUCCUUCCCUUUGAAUUACUCUGCAGCGUGGCAGAAAGAAAAGUCAACCAAAGAUUUGAUCACAGUCUGUACAACUUGAAGCCAAAGUACAGGUUGCUCAGACAACAUCCCACACAGAGCGAUGAGCUUCCCAACCGCAUCCUAUCUGGGACAAUUCAGGUGAACAACAUCCGCAGGUUUCAGGGGUCCAGUGUGGAGUUUGCUGAUGGAAGUGUCGUGGAAGAUGUCGACCUGGUGGUGUUUGCCACAGGUUACAGGUUUUGCUUUCCAUUCCUGGACUCACAUGUGACCUCAGUGUCUGAGAACAAAGCAUCGCUGUACAAGUAUGUGUUUCCUUCUGAGUUGGACCGCCCCACUCUGGAAAUCAUUGGUCUCGUGCAGCCACUGGGAGCCAGUAUGCCCAUCUCUGAGAUGCAGGCCCGAUGGGCCACACGUGUCUUUAAAGGCAGCGUCAAGCUUCCCUCAGUGGCUUCCAUGCUAAAAGAUGCCCAGUGCAAGCAGAAGACAAUGGCUAAAAGGUAUAUCACCAGUCACAGACACCCCAUCCUGGUUGAUGUCAGCUACAUGGAUGAGAUAGCAGAGCUGGUGGGAGUUCAACCCAACUUCCUGAGGCUGCUGCUGACUGAUCCCAGGCUGGGACUGAAUCUGUUGCUCGGUCCCAGUACUUCGUACCAGUAUCGUUUCAGAGGGCCAGAGAAAUGGGCUGGAGCCCGUCAGGCCAUCCUCACUCAGUGGGAGAGAGUGGCUCAACCCAUGCAGACCAGGCCCUGUUAUGGUCCCAAACCAAAGAGAUCGUUUGUGUGGUCUCUGAUUCUGUCAGCUGCUGCUGUGGGCUCGGCUGCCUACAACCUUCCAGCUUUCCUGCAGGACCCCACUGCACUGUUGGACAAGAUAAAAGUUUACCUGUCUGCUCAGUAAUGUGCAAUUCAUGCUUAUUUCACUCACAAAUGUGUUACUGGUUUAACCUUCUGACACCCACAAUAGACUCAUUUUUGUCACACACAUUUAUCAUACAUGAACACAGUUAUCAAUUUAUGACAAUUUAUUAAGAUACAUAAAUCAAUGAUGCCACCUCAUGAUGGCUUUAAAAAGGCCAACUGAUGUUAUACUAUGCCAAACAUAUUCAACAUGUCCCACUAUAUCAGUGGUUCUCAAACUGUGGUACGCGUACCACCUCUCUGUAGUGGUACGCGGAGGAAUCUCUGAAAUAUUUUUUUUUAAUUA